UUCAAUAUUUAGCAUUGUGUUAAUUGAACGUCCAGAAACAAAAACCUUACAAAUGUGAACGAAAUACCUUAGCCCAAGUAGCAUCAAUAAUAAGAGCUAGCUGGCAUAUAAUGUUUAUAAAUCAUCAAGUGAUUACUCCCAAAAACGAUAAGUCACGUUAAAUAAAGAAAUAUUAUAAUAAACAGAUCCCGUACAGGUACAAUGACUGGUCCCCGGACCAGACUUUGAGCCACCUGAUACAUCAGUAGAAGUGAAACGUGAGACUGACAUUCAUUAGCUAGAUUUAGUGGGUGAAUAAGUAUUUUUGAUACGGCUGUAAAAAAGCUUUGUUAAAAGCCAUCUUGGCCAAGUCUUCUAGAAAAAAAAAAGAAAAAAAAGGAUGUUCAGUCCCUGCUGAAAUGAUAGCAUUCAACACAAAUAGACAAUAAAAAAACUAGCAGGAUUUAAGGAUUUGGCAGGAUCUUCUAUUAGCACUUAGCUGCCAUUCUUUUAUGGUAAUGAUCAGACUGUUGCUGCAGUCGGCGACACAGGAACAAUGAGAGGCUGUAGACUGUAGAGCCUGCCUUCAUCCAGCCCAUUGUCUUUGUCCUCCUCCCUGCAUGUGCCAGACAGGAGUGAAGUGCAGCAGGACCAGCGCUGCUCCACCGCCAGAUUGCUCUAUAAAUAGCUGUUGGAGCAGCGCAAUAUUCACACCCGCCGUGACUGUGGAUGCAUACCACUGUCCUCGGUGAUGAAAUGAUGGAAAACGAUGGAGGCAUCGCUGCAUAUGUGCAUGCACACCCGGCCAAAUAGAUGUGUUUCAAAUCACGCAGACGUCUGAGCAGAGGUUAAGGUUAGGGUUAAGGUGAGGGGUUGGUACAUUUAAUCUCUAGAAUCCCUAAUUAGAUCCGUACUGCUGUGUGUGAGUGUGUGUGUGUGUGUUUGUGUCUAAUUGUGCAGAUGAUUGUGUGAUGUGAUGUGGCCCAUCGAGGAUCACAGUCUAGACAUUACUCUGAGUCUAAAUGGUUGGAGAGGAACCCACAUUUGAGGUGGAAGCUCUUUUGUAAAAAAAACAGCCCAAACGUGGGUCGAUUCUCAGUAUUUUCCUUCCCAGUGCAGUCUGAGGUCCUCUUCAUAAAGUCAUUGACUCAUAUAGUCUACUACACGUCGAGGCGUAGGCUAUCUGUCAUUUUGUGCCAGUGGUCACAUGGCUUUGGCCCUCAGGAAUGGAUAGACAUGGAUCCCCACGUCAGCCUGUAGGUCUAAGGAUUCCUGCUCCAGCACUCAGGCUCAAAGUGGCUGAGGCGCAGCUCCGCGGAGGAACUAUGCGAGCGGGAUUAUACUAGGACGCGUCCUACAGCAGAAUAUGGAUUUUGAUGAGCGGAUCUCUGGCUCCAACAUGUAUCUACCCAGCUGCACUUACUACGUCUCCGGAGCAGACUUCUCGGGGAUCCCCCAUUAUUUAACCCAGAGCCAGUCUUCUUGCCCCAUGACGUACUCCUACCAGUCCUCAGCCCUGCCACAGGUCCCGUCCGUCAGGGACGUGGCUUUCAGAGACUAUGGCAUUGACAGCUCCAGUAAAUGGCACCACGGCAGAGGGAGCCUGUCUCACUGCUACCCCGAGGACGUGGUGCACAGCAGGGACAGCUGGAGCAGCCCGGGCGCACGGGGAGUAGAGACACUCGUGAAAGGCGCCUCUGUCGCCGGGCACUCCAGCUCCUCGAACCCAGCGCCGGGCUUUUAUGGCACGGUUGGCAGGAACGGAGUCCUGCCCCAGGCGUUCGACCAGUUCUUCGACACAGCCUACGGGAGCGCGGAGAACGCAACGACGGCGACGGCGCACAGCGCGGACGCCGACAGACACGCAGCUAAGGCGAGCCCUCCACCGGAGCAGCACGCAGGCUCAGACACGGGGGAGAGCUGCAGCCCCAAGUCGUCCUCCGGCCACAGCGAGGAGAGAGCGAGCAAAGGCGGCAGUGGACAGAGGACGCGCAAGAAGAGGUGUCCAUACACCAAGUACCAGAUCAGGGAACUGGAGAGGGAGUUCUUCUUCAGCGUUUACAUCAACAAGGAGAAGCGUCUGCAGCUGUCACGGAUGUUGAACCUGACAGACCGCCAGGUGAAGAUCUGGUUCCAGAACAGGAGGAUGAAGGAGAAGAAACUGAACAGAGACCGUUUACAGUACUACACCACAAACCCACUGCUAUAAAACCUGGGCACAGACUGGUACUGCGUGGCCCCUGAACCAUGUGAGCAGACCGGGGGUCCACAGACCACAAAAACCUGGACAGGAAGGCGAUUUUCUUUUUGUUUAGCCUUCUAUUGUGUCGCCAGAUUUUUUAAAGAACUUUUACUAUUUACACGCUACUUUGUCAUUAAACAACAUUGCAUUUAUUAUUAUUAUUAUUAUUAUUAUUAUUAUUAUUAUUAUAGGACAAAGAAAUCUUUUGUAAAACUUAAAGUUACAUUGUUGCGUCAAGUGACGUUUUUACGCGCGGGAUUGAUCCGUUACAGCCUAUAAUAGGCCUUUUCUAUUGAUUGCAUUACGAAGUUGUGUGUGUUUUAUUUUCUUUAAAUCAAAAUUAGUUCAUUAAAUGUACCCACACGUACUGUUUGGUAUGAAGAAAAGCAUUUUUUUCACAACUUUAGGCCACAUUUUGUUAAAUUCCCGUGCGUAAACGUGAUUAUUGUGUCCACGAACUAUGACCUGAUUAAAUUGCUCUUUGUGUUUACCCCCGUUCUUUUCUCAUUUCAUAGUCACAUGUCAGAUAAAUACAGAAUGUUAUAUGUUGUAUGGUUACAUCGACGGUGACCAAACUGAAAAAAACCCCUCUCCUUACUCAGAGAUUGAGUUAUUCUAUAA